UUCACCCCCAACAAUACCACUGCUUGAAGUUGUGUUAUUGUGCUCUCUCUCUCUCUCUCUCUCUCUCCAAAGCAGUUCUAUCUUUCUCCAUAACUUGUCUCAGACACUCUAUCUUUCUUUCCACUCCAACCUGCUUAACCAUUUUCCUAAAAGUUUUCUUUGUUCUCUGACAAAUUUAAUCUGAUUUGUCAGUUGAGUUUCGAUCUAUUCCAUCUCUUAAGUAACUUGUUUCUGACAUAAAUAUCGAGUUUACAAAUAUAUAAUAAAAAAAUGUCUCGCCAAAGAUCACGUUCAAGGCAAUCAGGAGGAGAAGCUUCGAGGAUUAGCGAUGAGCAGAUCAACGAGCUCAUUUCCAAGUUACAACAACUUCUUCCUGAGCUUCGCCAUAGGCACUCCGACAACGUUUCAGCAGCGAGGGUGUUACAGGAGACUUGCGACUGCAUAAGAGGCUUGCACAGAGAGGUUGAUGACCUAAGUGAGCGCUUGUCCGAACUGUUGGCUACAACUGAUAGCGCUCAAGCGGCCAUAAUUAGGAGCUUACUUAUGCAAUAGGUCUAUGCUUGUAUUGCCUUUUUUCGUACCUCUCUUUCUCAUAAAUCUAGGGUUUUGUUUAGUCACUAGAUCAGAAAAGAAUUUGUAAUUGGGUGAUAUUUGCUUAGUUAAUUUAUAAGCAAUAAUA